UGCGCAGUGCACCGUCAGCCUCUGUAGCGAUGCAAAGAUGGCGUCCUCCGUGGUUGUCUGCACUGCGCGUUUACUCAACUUUGUAGGAGUGUCUUCUGGCCAUCGUCGGGCUUGCUCGCUGCUUGCCUCGGCGAGACAUGGAGAAGCGUGUGUCACAGAGAUGUUGGGGACACAACGGUGCAGGAUAGGGGGCAACUUUGGCUGUUUGAGACCUGGAAAUGCAGUGACAUUGAGACUCACAGGACUGAGGCCCCCCCAUGUUGUCAGCAGUAGUCACUCCUUCCACACUAGCUGCUCCACAGCUAACAAACAGGACUUGUAUGAUGUUCUGGGGGUGUCUCGCACGGCCACUCAGAAAGAGAUCAAGAAAGCCUACUAUCAGAUGGCUAAGAAGUACCACCCAGACACCAACCAGGAUGACCCUCAGGCCAAGGAGAAGUUUGCCAAGCUGGCAGAAGCCUACGAGGUGCUGAGUGACGAGGUCAAGAGGAAGCAGUAUGACACGUACGGGGCGGCAGGCUUCGACCCCAGCCAGGCGGGAGGGGGGGCGGGGGGCCAGCAGUACUGGAGGGCCGGGGGGGCCAGCGUCGACCCAGAGGAAAUGUUCAGGAAGAUCUUCGGGGAGUUCACAGGAGCGCAGGGUUUCGGAGACUUCAACAGCAUGUUUGAACAGAGGCCAGAGUUUGUGAUGGAGCUGACGUUCACCCAGGCAGCUAAGGGAGUGAACAAGGAGAUGACAGUGAACCUGGACGAUGCGUGUCAGAGAUGUGACGGUAAAGGUAGCGAGCCAGGAACCAAGGUCCAGCACUGUCACUACUGUAACGGCACCGGCAUGGAGUCUAUAAACACCGGUCCCUUCAUGAUGCGCUCUACGUGUCGACGCUGUGGUGGGCGGGGCUCCAUCAUGACCACGCCCUGCGUGAUGUGUCGCGGCUCGGGACAGACCAAACAGCGACAGACCGUCACCGUGCCUGUACCCGCAGGAGUAGACAAUGGACAGACUGUACGAAUGCCAGUGGGGAAGAAGGAAAUCCACAUCACAUUUAGAGUCCAGAGGAGUCCAGUGUUCAGACGUGAUGGGAUCAACAUCCACUCUGAUGUCCACAUCUCUGUAGCCCAGGCUAUUCUGGGGGGCUCUGCCCGGGCACAGGGACUCUACAACACCAUAGAUAUACAGAUCCCUCCAGGUUGCCAGGCCGACCAGAAGAUCCGCCUGCAGGGAAAGGGGAUCCAGAGGAUGAACAGCUACAGUUAUGGAGAUCACUACGUUCACAUCAAGAUCAGAGUACCUAAGAAGUUAACUCGUCGACAGCGCUCCCUGCUCCUGAGUUACGCAGAGGAAGAGACUGACGUGGAGGGGACUGUCAACGGAGUCACUGCUACUACCACAGGUGGGAGCAGGAGUGGUCAGCGCUCUGAGUUUGGGGCAGGACAGGACAGAACAGACGGGCAGGAGAAGAAAGAAGAAGAGGCAGAGGGCAUCCUUUCCAAAAUAAAGAAAAUCUUUAGCUGACAGCCACACCUCAGGUAAGAGAUCAACAGGACAAUAAUGGGAGAAGGUAAGCGACUGGCACUCCGUCCCGCUCUCUACCCUCCCUCACCUACCGCCUGGACAGAGGGAGAGAAAGAGGGAGGUAGAGAAAUUGAGAGGGGUUUGGAUUUGUUGUAAGAACAUCCAUUUAGACACGGAAUGGGCCACCAAGAAAGUCCAUUUAGACACGGAAUGGGCCACCAAGAAAGCCAAGCCUUGCCACACACUGUUUAGUCCCAAAUGACACAGGUGUUGGGUUGAGAAACUAAAAACGUGUUUUAUCUGGAAGGGAUUCAAAAUGGACGUCAACAAGGAGUACAGGAGGAGGAGAAGAAGCGAAGACGAUCAUUUGAGCAAGCUUUUCACAAUGAGUGUGUUUCAGAUACACAAAUUCUGCACAGAUGAUCAGGACCUGUAUUCAGAGUAGGAGUGCUGAUCUAGGAUCAGUUCCCCCUUGUCCAUUCAUUUUAAUCUGAGGCAAAACUGAUCCCAGAUCAGCAUUCCUACUAUGAGACGCUUUAUGAAUAUGGGCCCUGAUCUUACAAUGUCUGGUCUGGAGAAGUGUCUUAGCACCUCAGGAACCACAUCCAUAAGAGAGUGUUUGUAUAAUCUGUGCAGAAUGUAUCAAGAACACACCCAUUGGCACCAUGUUGUGGUCUGAUGAAGGCUGAUGUAUUCAGAACACACCCAUUUGCACCAUGUUGUGGUCUGAUGAAGGCUGAUGUAUCUAGAACACACCCAUUGGCAUCAUGUUGUGGUCUGAUGAAGGCUGAUGUAUCUAGAACCCACCCAUUGGCAUCAUGUUGUGGUCUGAUGAAGGCUGAUGUAUUUAGUUGUAUUGUCAUUGUGGUGUUGUAUGUGUAAGGGGCAACACAGCUGUGCAAGACUUCGUUAAUAAAGUAUUGAAACACAACUUCAUCAAUACAUUAAAA